AUGCUUGUCAAGAUCAAAGUGAGCUCGAACGGGCAGACGCUCAGCAUCGACGCGGCGCCGGCCGACACCGUGGUCGCGCUCAAGGAGAAGAUUGCCGAGGCGUCGUCCGUGCCGGCGGCGCAGCAGCGGCUGAUCUAUUCGGGCAAGGUGCUGCAGGACAGCCAGAGCCUUGAGUCCUACCACGUGGAGGAGGGACACAUGAUCCACAUGCGUCCAUGA